AUGCUGCGAGGAGCCAGGCCGCUGCUGUCCUUUUCGACAAGGGCAAUUGAGUCUGCCAAAGUCACCAAAUCUCCAAUUGGGCGCAGCUUGGCUCUAGAAGUGAGGCCCAAUGUUCCCAGUCCGUUUGUUGGCCGUCCUCUAGUCCUCCGAGCGGCCAGGCUGCAGUACUCGACAAAGAAGUCGACCGACCCAGAGGAGGAAUACGCAAGAAAGGUGGUAGGCGUCGACCCGGAGCACGAUCGCAAGGUUGCUCAAGAGAAGCUUAAGCCCAGUCCAGAUGGAGUGAGCUCCGAGUCGAGCGUACGUCAUGUUCUCGAGCCGAGGCGACGACACCUCGGAAAGGGUGCCGAGGAGGACGAGGACGCGUUGAAGAAGGGCCUCGGCGCAGAUAUUGAAACUGUCAAAGACACGUUCAAUCUCUCCAGCGUCCCUCCCCUUUCUUACCAGCUCGGCCUGGCUGGUACCCUGCCAUACCUAGGCACCUCGCUCUCCACUGUUUUCCUUAGUUGGAAUCUCAGCACCCAGUGGCCUACCUCGAGUGCCCUGCUGAACAGCAUAAUGCUCAGUCAUGAGAAUGCCGCAUACUACUUCCAGCUUCUCGAACACAUCCAGCUAGGUUAUGGUGCCGUCAUUAUAUCCUUCCUUGGCGCCAUCCACUGGGGUCUUGAGUAUGCUGAGAAGGCACCGCAUCCUCAACGCACCAAGUUUCGGUACGGCAUGGGUGUCGUGGCACCAAUGCUCGCCUGGCCCACGCUCCUACUACCGGUCGAGUACGCAUUGAUCGGACAGUUCGCCGCGUUUAGCGCCCUCUACUUUGCCGACGCCAAGGCGGCCACUCGCGGGUGGGCACCGCCGUGGUACGGCACCUACCGGUUCGUUCUGACCUUUGUGGUCGGGUCGGCCAUCUUUGUCAGCUUGCUCUGGCGCGCAAGGCUCAUGGAUGACGGCGGCAACAAGGGUGCGGCGCGAAACAUCAGCGGAAUCAAGGAGGGAGACCUCACCCGAGAGAUGCCGGAAGCAGAGUGGAGGAGGUUAGAAGCAGAGGAGAAGGAGAGGUUGAAGAAGGAGAAGGAAGAAGCCGAGAGGAAGAAAAAGGAAGAGGAAGAGAAGAAGAGCCAAGAGAAGAAGGGCAAAGAUGGACAAAAGAGUGACUCUAAGGACAAGAAGUCGGAUGAGGAUAAGAAGGAGGGCGACAAGAAAGAUGACAGCGAAGACAAGAGCAAGGAGUAG